GUAUUUUGUCUUCUAAAAAGUGUAAAAAGAAAACAAUCGCUACGGGGAAGAUCAAGCUAAGUUGAGGCAUCAAAUUAUGUUAAAGAUGUAUUAAAAAUAAACAUUGUCUAUUUUGCUAUGGCUGAUAAAAUACCCAAGGACGUAUUAGCUGAAAUUACUGAAGCUUUUAACGAGAUUGAUGUCAAUAAAAAUGGCAGUAUUUCUACCAAGGAAUUAGGAAGUUGUUUUGCAAAGCUUGGAGAAAAUGUUCCUGGAUAUAGGCUACGUGAAAUAGUGCAACAAGUUGAUAAAGAUAAAAAUGGAACAAUUGAGCUACAAGAAUUUAUUGAAUUAUAUUGCAGUGUCACUACUAAGGGUGUAUUUGGGCAAUGGACUUCUAAAAUAGUAGCACCCAAAGAUUUAACUAAAGUUGGUGGUACAUCUGAAGCAUCAGCUGAUGGUACAGCUCACAGUUCGUCUCAUGCAGAGGAAAUUGCAUUCAAAGACUGGAUCAACUCAGAACUUAAAAAUGAUGUUGAUUGUAAAACAUUGUUGCCAAUCAAAUCUGCAGAUGAAUUAUUUGAAAAACUAAGUAAUGGUAUUAUAUUCUGCAAAAUGAUUAACUUAAGUGUGAAAGGUACAAUUGACGAACGUGUGAUAAACAAAGCAAAACUCAAUGCUUUUCUUAUUCGUGAAAACAAUGCACUUGCUGUUAAUUCAGCUAAUGCUAUUGGUUGUACAGUAGUAAACAUUGGUCCUGAGGAUAUUGCUCAAGGCAAAAGACAUUUAGUUCUGGGUUUAUUAUGGCAAAUUAUAAGGAUUGGCUUGUUUUCAAAAAUUAGUCUUGCUCAAAAUCCUAAUAUAGCUGCACUUUGUGAAGAUGGUGAAACAAUUGAUGACCUUAUGAAACUUACAACAGAGGAGUUGCUGUUACGUUGGGUUAAUUAUCAUUUGGCAAAGUCAGGUUCUGCCAAAAGAAUUAAGAACUUUUCUGGAGAUAUAAAGGAUUCUGAAGCGUAUGCUAUUUUACUUAAUCAAAUUGCUCCUGGAGAAGCUCAUGUGGAUCGUCCUGAGCAUAUUAUAAGUUCAUCUGAUCACACAAAAAGAGCAGAAAUGUUGUUAAGGAAUGCAGACAAAAUUAACUGCAGAAAGUUUCUUACUGCAAAGGAUAUUGUAAGUGGAAACAGCAAACUAAAUCUUGCAUUUGUUGCUCAUUUGUUUAACACUCAUCCUGCUCUUGAUGCUUCUGACAUGAAUUUUGAAAUUUAUGUGGAAUCAAGAGAAGAGAAAACUUAUCGAUGUUGGAUGAACAGUCUUGGUGUAAGCCCAUUUGUUAAUCAUCUUUAUAAUGGGCUCAAUAAUGGUCUUGUGCUCUUUCAGCUUUUUGAUGCCAUAAGAAGUGGAACUGUUAAUUGGGAUAAAGUUAACAAGGCGCCAUUUAAAGCAAUUGGAGGUAAAAUGAAAAAGGUUGAAAAUUGUAACUACGUUAUUGAGCUCGGAAAAGCAAACAAGUAUUCCUUGGUUGGGAUUGGUGGAGAAGACAUUCAUAAUGAAACACAUACACUUGUUUUGGCAUUGGUUUGGCAGAUGUUGCGUGAUUAUAGUAUAGAAAUGAUUAACAAAUUAAGCAAAGCUGGAGCUCCAACUAAAGAUGCUGAAAUUGUUCAAUGGGUCAAUAAAAAGUUAAGUGAUGCUGGUAAAACUUCUUCAAUCACUUCAUUUAAAGAUCCAUCAAUAUCUACAAGUCUUGCUGUGAUUGAUCUUGUGGAUGCAAUAGUACCAGAAUCUAUUCAAUAUGAUCUUGUUACCAAAGGUGAAAAUGAAGAAGAGCGUCUUAUGAACGCCCUUUAUGCUAUCUCUAUGUGUCGAAAGAUUGGGGCGCGAACGUAUGCUUUAGCUGAAGAUCUUGUGGAAGUGAAGCCAAAGAUGGUACUAACAGUUUUUGCAAGUCUUGUGGCGAGAGGCCUGGAAGGCUAAUAUAUCUUUUAAUAUUUUCGGUUAUUGUUUAUUAACCGAUAUUAAUUUUAUUUGGUUAUUUGAACUAUCAUUUUUAACAGUACUAAAAUAAUUUAAAAAUCUUUUUUUCAUGACUAAUAAUGUAAUUUUUAUUAUUAUUUUUGUUUUACAAUUUUUAUAUACAUCUUUUUAUUUAAAUACUUAUUUUGACUAGUCUUUGAGGUACUUUUUAUCUUAUAUAAGAUGUAUUGCAAAUUCAAACAUAGAAAUACGGCAAGUUUUUUAACAGUGUAACAAUUUUAAAGUUACAUUUUUGAAGAAUUUGCCGAUUUAAGCGUAGCCACAAGUUUUUUAAUUUGAGAGAUUAUAUCAUUGAGCCAAAUUUUUGGAUUGAAUAUUUAAACUCAUUCUG